AUGUUGAGCUGUUCAUUAUUGCUGAACCUGCCUCAAGACUGGCAGCUUAAGAUGCACAAUGAGAUAACUUCUAAACUACAUUUGUGUAUUUCAAACAUAGAAAUGGCCAGAAAUGUAGCCACGCAGACCUGGCGUUACUUAUCGCAAGAUAGCUUUGACAAAAACGAGUUAUCUCAGAAACUGAAACCUUAUUUAUUUGAUCAUGCAAGUGAUUUUACAGAGUGGGUUUCGGACUUUGCCCAAAAAUCAAUCGAAUAUUACCUGGAGACUCAUUCAAACGGUGGAAACAGCGGGUUGAACCACAACGGCCCCAACGUUACCAGUUCAGGCGUCGUCUCGGAAGAAUCGAUAGAACCCAAUUCUCGACUCUUUAAGAGCGCACUUAAGGACUUGAGCUCGCAGAACUCCUUUAGUUCCGAAGGGAGGCAGUCUUUUAAUUCUCUCGACUCAACGUCGCACGAAUCUGCUAGGACGCCCAGUCACUUUGACGUCACCGUAAACCCCCUGGACGAGACGCUCGACAACCUGAUUCUGAAGGAGAAGAUUGCGAAGUUGCAGGGGCAGGCGAACGCGGGCCUGGGCGUCCAGUCGAAGAGCGAGAAGUUCAAGGACGCCUUUGACCCCGAGUUUGACGGUCGGAGGAGGUUUAAGCCGAAGCCCGUGUUCUACAAGAACCUGACUCUGGUCAACGUCGACCACGAGAACGGCGUGCACGAGAACCCUGGUCUCACGACUCCGCAGUCGACCAGCUCCAACAACAGCUACACGACGCCCGGCGGAGUUGCAAAGGUUCCCAAGAUGUGCAUCAAUUUUCCCAACUGUCAGUUCGGGGAGAACUGCAGGUACAUUCACCCGAAUAAGAUUUGUAAGAACUGGCCCGACUGUUUUUACGGAGACAAGUGCGCGUUCAUUCACCCUGACAAGUGA